AUGGAUACACUUCAGCUCAAUGAGAAGCGGUGGGCAAACUAUGAGACUGAGAAGGCUCUUACUCACCUUUGUGCCAUAGGCUCUAUGUUACAUGAAGGAAUACUUCAGCAUGUCCUCUUUCCUAUCAAUAUUUACAACAUCCAUUGGGCUGCUAUUGAGGUCAAUGUGAUUGAUCAAACACUGAUUUUCUUGGGUGGAGUCAACCCGGUCAUGACAUUGACAUCAUUCAUCAUUGGCUGGGCCAUCAUGGCCUCUCUGGAUUUACAUGCUAUAUUUUGCAAUCCUUUGUUCAACGAUAACAGAGCAUUCUCCCUCUGCAUGGAAGAAUUUUUGGAUCUUGCUUAUGAUCAUCUUGAGCUCUUGGUUCCUGACGAUGGCAUGGAUAUAUGUAAUGGUUCAGAUGUGGAUGAUGCCAGUGACUUCGAGCCAGAAGAGACUUCCUCAGGUGCAGAGAGUGAACAUGAUCUUGAAGUAGAAGAGACUCAGCCAUCUAUCUCCACCCAAUCAUCAUCCAUGCAAACUAAUAAACCAAAACUUGACCUUCGUACAACUGACACAGACAAAAACAAAGGUCUGUUCAAGUUCUUCCCAAAAGUAUCAUGCAAGGAGCAUCUACAAUGUGCUUGGAAGCCUUUUGCUUGGGAGCUCAGAGAUCAGGAGCGGGACCAUUAUCAGCAAGAAUUUAAUAAGUUUGAGAAGGCUACUUGCAAGCAUGAAAGAGCAGCUGAGUGA